GAGCGCGCGCCCGGAGGGGCGGGCAGGGACUCCCGGCUCGCAAGCCCUACGGCCGCCGGGCGCCCGAGCUCUCUUCCGCUUCCGACCUGCUGUCUGGCAGCCGGUGGAUGUGCGGCAACAACAUGUCCGCCCCGAUGCCCGCCGUCGUGCCCGCCGCCCGGAAGGCCACCGCCGCGGUUAUUUUCCUUCACGGAUUGGGAGAUACUGGGCAUGGAUGGGCAGAAGCCUUUGCGGGUAUCAGAAGUUCCCACAUCAAAUACGUUUGUCCACAUGCGCCCGUGAUGCCGGUUACAUUAAAUAUGAAUAUGGCUAUGCCUUCUUGGUUUGAUAUUAUUGGGCUUUCACCAGAUUCCGAGGAGGAUGAAUCUGGAAUUAAACAGGCAGCAGAAAAUGUAAAAGCUUUGAUAGAUCAAGAGGUGAAGAAUGGCAUUCCUUCUAACAGAAUUAUUUUGGGAGGAUUUUCUCAGGGAGGCGCUUUAUCUCUCUACACUGCUCUUACCACACAGCAGAAACUGGCCGGCGUCACUGCGCUCAGUUGCUGGCUUCCACUUCGGGCUUCGUUUUCACAGGGUCCUAUCAAUAGCGCUAAUAGAGAUAUUUCUGUUCUCCAGUGCCAUGGAGCUUGUGACAAUUUAGUUCCCCUAGUGUUUGGUUCUCUUACUGUUGAAAAACUAAAGUCAUUGGUAAAUCCAGCCAAUGUCACCUUCAAAAUCUAUGAAGGCAUGAUGCAUGGCUCAUGUCCUCAGGUAGGUGUCUCUGAAGUAGUGAGUAGAGUCACUAAUUUAAUUUCUCCUAUGUUAUAAUUUCAAGAUAAAUAA